AACUAGGAUGGGGCUAGUCAUUUUCUAAAAGGGUAGUUCCAUCCAAUUUUACUCAAGGCCAAAUCUUGUUCGUACCCUCGCUGUGUGGCCCGAAACAUCUGGGUCGCUCCUCCACUCUUCCCGUGGAAAACUUGUUCGAGCCUUAUCAGUUCGAAGCAGCAGGGUAGGAUAGGGCGGAGCCGCCGGUGUCCCCGGAGGUGGCGGUGGCAGCGGCAGAGGGAGUCGGCGAGGAUGGCCGCUGGGGCGAGGAGGCGGAGCCGAUGACCCCGGCGGUGGCAGCGACAGAGGGGGUCGGCGAUGAUGGUCGAUGGGGCGAGGAGGCGGAGCCGAUGACCCCGGCAGCGGCGGAGGGGUCCCAGGGGCUCGAGGACCGACGUCUGAUGCAGUCGUGGUUCCUCGCCGUCAAGAGCUAGAUCGAGCGCACGACGGUGUAGCCGUCCAGAGGAAGAGGAAGAACAUCCUGCGCCGGUUCGGCCGUGGCAUCAUGGAGGAGACGGAGAGAAAGGGCACCGGUGGCCCCGUGAAGGUCCAGGAGGUCGCCGCCUCAUCGUGCAGCGCAUGAUGGUGGACCGAUGGGCGUCGAAGAGGCACUUGACCUUGCCGGAUCACGCUGUUGCUGGCGUAAUCCAGGCCGGAUAUGUGGAGAGCCCGGCGCAGCACCGUCUACAGUGGCCAUGUAACUAAAUUCUGAAUGUUGCUUAGUUAUGCUUAAUGGAGCAGAUUGAUAAGGGCCGGAGCUUCAAUGACGAAUCUACUAUUCAGCACACAGCCCAACUCGACAGUCACUAGCCAUGUCAAUAGGCACUCAGGGGCAUGCUCGCCUCGGCAGUCAUCAAGGUGGCAAUAGGACACUUGAAUUCUACCAUUUCAGGCGAGAUCAAGCUGCAUAGGAAUAUGAGGAACAAUCCGAUCUAGAGAACAUGAAGAUGACGCUGGAGUCGGUGGACGUUGUGCUCCGCGACGCUAAGAGGGAGUCUAUCAAGCAUAAGUCCAUGCUUCUGUGGCUGAAGCAACUUAAGGAUGCCGCGAACGACAUCUCUCACAUGCUUGAAGAUUUUGAAGAUGAAACUGACCUCAACCUGGUAUUUGGCAAUGUUGUCUCUUGGGCUGCCCAAUUGAUCACUGAAGCUGGUGGCAAGGUGGUCUCCAUCAGAGAUGUCAUAGGGGCUGUCAAGAACUCCAAUGGCAUUGACAUAGCCAAGCUGAUGAAGCACUCGGCAGAGAACCAUGGGUACAAAGGGGAAGCAGAUUUGUACUACAUCAAGCCUGGGUGCAUACCACCUGAAGGAAUGGUACAGAUGUCAGGUCAGCAUGACGUUGAUGAAAUGUUGCACGUUUUAGAAGGGAUAAAGAAAUGUCAUUUGUACAUUGUGAAGAAUUGUGCAUUCUUAGAUAAUAGCGAUGAUGACAUGUCUGAACAGGACAUGUCCGAAGAAGACAUAUAUGCAUGUGGGUACAUGGAUAUCGGCGAGAGGGACUUGGGCGAAUAUGGGUCAUCGCCCAAAAGGAAGAAACUUGCAGAUAACAAUCCGAAGAAGGCAUUGGAUUUUGGCAGCAGUGACGAGUCUCUUCAGUAG